AAUUGAAGUCGGGUGAUAUGAAUUGUGUAAACUGCACUAACACGCAAAGCUGGGGGACACUAUGUACAGCGAAAACACUUCUUUCUGUACGGUAUGUUCGACAAUGAUGUCCUCUAGAUAAUUUGUGCUUCAGUUGUUUUGUAUGGGACCCACACACCAUGCACCUACCGUACAGUCCCACCUGCAGCUGAGCCUCUCCUCUACCUGAGCUCCAGUAUCCUCCCUCCACACCAUGGAUCCUGACCAGCAGACCAGCCCUCUUCCCCAUCCCAGUGCAGAGUACUUUUCAUGGGACUACCGCCUUCUGCUUGUUGGCCUGGGCUUUAGCUUCUAUACAGGAAUAUUCCUCCUCUCCCACCUCCUGUCUAUGGCACUGUCUCGCACCUACAACUCCCUGAUGACUAAAGAAAAGGUUUUCUGGAACCUCGCAGCGACUCGGGCAUUGUUUGGCAUCCAGGGCACCGUAGCCGGUCUCCGAUCCCUGACUGAGGACUCUGCAUUAACCAGAGACAAAGUAAGGGGACAAGAAGACUGGUCGUGGUUCUGUGUCCUCACAGCCACAGGUUUCUUUGUGUUUGAGAAUGUAGUACUUCACGCCUCCAAUGUGGUAUUUUGGUCAUUUGACCUCCCACUGGCGACGCACCAUUUCUUCGCCCUGUCAGGAUAUGCAGGAGCAGUGGUUUGGGAUUCAAUGGGCCACUUCCUGCCUAUGGUUACACUGCUGAUGGAGUUGAGCACGCCAUUCACAUGUGUAUCCUGGAUGUUACUGAAGGCUGGCUGGGCACGCACCUUGUUUUGGAGAGCCAACCAGUGGGUGAUGAUCCACACAUUCCACUGUCGCAUGGUGCUCUCCUACUACAUGUGGUGGAUAUCCUUGACCCACUGGAAGGAGAUAACUACCCAUAUGGCCCUGCCCCUACUCAUCCUCUUCUUCACUGGCCUCACACUGCUGACGUGCAUCCUCAACCCCAUCUGGACGCACAAGAAGACCAUGCAGCUGCUUAAUCCUGUGGACUGGAACUUUGGAAACAAGCCGGCACCCCUAAACCGUGCCAUGGAGGGACACUCUGAGGUUUCUGUCAAACCCCACGCUACCUGAGGGGUACCCAAGAGGACGUGGAGGACUGGUUCACUCCAUAUACGCUCUUUUGUUCAAAAUGUAGAUGUAAUGUGGCAAAACCAAAAGCAGUGUUGAAACAGAUUAACCAAUGUUGAUCAUGGUCAUUUUUUGGUGUGAUAUCAAGUUAUUUUGUACUCGUGCAACAUUUUUGUGUUGUGCUUUUCACACAAUGGCCUCAUUGUACUGGACGCCGUGGCCUUUGUGUUGGGUUUCUCCAUUGUUGUAUAUCUGCCAUCAGAAGGUUUAGUUUAAUGGUCACUCUGAUGCAAACUGAUCCUUUACAGUGUAUCUAUGUUUGUAACAGAAUUACUACUGUAGCUCAUAUGUAAUUAUGUUUUUAAGUUGUAGACUUUUAGACAUUUAAUGUUUACCAUUAGCAUUAAUCUAUGUUCAAAAGAAAAAAUCUUUUUAUAAUAUAAUGCAACCCCUUAUCAUUAUUAUCCAAAUAACUGAACUGCCUCACAAAACAGCUGCCAUGGUGACUGGGAUGAAGAUAGACUUUUUUUUUUUAAAUCUCUUUGACAGGAUAGUUUUGUACUUUUGAAGAGAUGUAAAUGAGUUUAAAGCUCUCUAUUUAUACAAUUUUAAAUUAUUCCCAUCAGUUCAUAAUAAAACAGAUAUGACAAAAGCUCUUUGUCCUCUAACUGUACAUCUGAUCUUACUUUAUUAUUACUAAAAACAUUACUAAUAUUAGAUGGUGUUUGAUUUUCACUUUGCAUUCAAUUUGUUAUGACAGCAUACAAUUAACAUUAUGGGAUGGCUGGAGGAUUCCCUGUAAGCCUUAAGGUUUAACAUCUUGUUUGUGUUGAAAGAAUGCACUAAUAUGAUUGAGUUUGAGUCAAAAAAAUAAAUUGUUGCCUUUCA